AUGGCGUCAACCGAGCAAUUCGAACAGCAGACCUCCGAUGUCUAUCUGGAGCCGCCCCGUGGAAUCAAGAAAUGGCUCUUCCUCAUGGUUCUGUGCUCGACCCAACUUUUCGUUCAAGGCGCCUUCGGCUACAUUCUCAUUCCCCUCCACCUUGUCGGGGACACCUUCGGACAGAGUUCCAAUGAGGCAAUCCAGAUGACUUGGCAUGUGGGAGGAUACAGUCUGACGGUUGGGACGUUUAUACUCGUCGCGGGAAAGCUAGGCGAUUUGUACGGCUCGAAGCGAAUACUUAUUCUGGGAUGGACAUGGUUUGGGGUCUGGUCUGUCAUUGGAGGCUGCAGUGCCUUCACAAAGUCGCCAAUAUUCUUUGAUACCGCUAGAGCGCUGCAAGGCAUCGGACCUGCGUUUCUGCUCCCAAAUGCGCUCGCCAUCGCCGGAAGAACGUAUCCUCCGGGAAGAAAGAAGAACAUAAUCUUCUCAGCAUUCGCUAUGGCUGCACCUCUGGGAUGUUUCACUGCAGGGGUGAUGGGAGCGGCAUUGGCGGAGUACGUCUGGUGGCCGUGGGUGAUGUGGUUAUUCAGUUUGGGCUGUUUCAUCAUGGCGGUGAUUGCAAUCUGGGUGAUCCCGUCAGAUUCUCAUCUUGGUCGACGGUCUGUCGGCUACUCAUUCGACUAUACUGGAUCCGCUUUAGGUGUCAAUGGCCUGCUGUUGCUCAAUAUCUCCUGGAACCAAGCACCAAUUGAUGGUUGGCCGACACCGUAUGUGUAUAUCUUGCUUAUUCUGGGCUUCAUUCUUCUGGUUCUCUUUGUCCUGCAGGAGAAGCGCGCGGCAGACCCAAUCCUUGACAUAUCCAUAUUUAACCGACGUGUUGCAGCAGUGCUGUUGACGACAGGCCUAGGAUGGAGCAGCUUUGGCGUAUGGUUCUACUACCUUUUCCAAUUCAUCCAGCAGUUUCGUGGUAUAUCGCCUUUGGCCUCCGCGGUACAGUUUGCACCGGGAGCUAUCUCCGGAAUCCUGGCUGCUCUCACUACUCCGUAUCUGAUGGUAAAGAUAUCCAGUGGAUGGUUGAUGGCGGUCGCUUGUGCUUCAUUCCUUGUCGGGUGUCUUCUGCAGAGCAUAGCGCCGGUUGAGCAGUCAUAUUGGAUGAAUACCUUUUGGUCAUUCAUUGUAACUGCCUGGGGGUAA